UCUGAAUUUAAGAACGCCCAUAGCACACUCUAGAUUGAAUUUACGAACACACCCUAUGGUGUAUUCAUGACAAAGGGAAGUCGCUUCAACAGGGAAGUAGUUUCACUUACAGCUUCUAAUAGCCUAAGACGAAUUGCUACUUCGAUCAAGAAAAGCUUAUUUGGAAGACGAUUAUUUACCUGGACGAAGGCUUCCACGGAAAAAACGAUGAAAACGGUGUGGAGCGGUGGUGUAUUGUUCCUACUGCUCGCGGUACUGGUCAGCGGUCAGUUGGAGGAAGAGAAACAAGGAUGCCCUUGGGAUGUGGACACCGACCCCGAACAAGGUCUUGACCCAAAAUCCCUUGAAGCUGGAGCCAGACAUUUGGCUCACCUGCCGGAGAUAUCAGACAGCAAGGGGUGUCAGGAUGCUUGCUGCGGCAACCAGGACUGUCAGCUCGCUUUGGUUGGAACCCCAGCGGAUGGAACUCCGGAGUGUUUUCUCGUCAGCUGCAUGAAAGAUGGAAAGGACGUCUGCGUUUUACAGUCCGAUACACAGUUCAAGGUCUACCGCAAAAAGACGCAGCCCAAGACUACAAAAGUCGAAGUUGACGCUCUUAGUGAAGCUGUUGUCCCCAGGGAAGUCAACUCAACAGCUGCCAGUCCUGAGGAUCCUGCCAGUUCUAAGGAUCUCCUUCCCAAGAUGACAUCAGAUGACUUUAUCGAGCUGUGUCAGGCCAAUCCAGACACAGGGCCGUGCCGCGCCUCUCAUCGCCACUACUACUACGACAGCUCCACCGGCACCUGCCAGCCCUUCACCUACGGAGGCUGCCUUGGCAACAAGAACAACUAUGAUACCGCCGAGAGGUGCCUCGCCACCUGCACAGUGACCGUCAUCCCUGGCUCUAAGGGAAGGAAAGGGUCUGAUGCAGACAAACCUACAGAUGACAAGAGGAUUGAAUAUAAAGAUGCUUGCAUGGUGCCCUCGGACUCAGGCCCUUGCCGCGCUGCCUUCAGUAUGUACUACUUUGUCCCCAGAACUAGCUCCUGCCAGUUAUUCGUGUACGGUGGCUGCAAAGGAAACCACAACCGCUACAGCACACUGGACGAAUGCAUGGCCCGUUGCACUGGAGAGGACGGCGAGCAUGGGCAACGCAAUGGCCGUAACCGCAUGACACCAGCGUUCUUCCUGGUGGCUACGCUGGCUGUUAUUUCAGCCCUCAUCCUGGUGGGUCUGAUCCUCAUAACCAUCCGGCGCUCCAGACUGCAGUGUGGCCACCGCCUCCUCAGCAACAAGGAGGACCUGCUGCCCUACAAGCAGCUGUCGGAGGAGCAGCUGCCCGAGGAAGAGCUCCCCAAAGUAGGCACCGUACCAUAAGGAGGGAGCCCCCCCUGCUCCUGUGUAGCUCCAUGGAGCCACAGUCGCCUUACUCCACUGUCACUUCCCAUUCCAAAUAUCACUGACCCAGAAUGCCUGCAUCUGCUGGUUGUCAAGGGAUGUAUUCAUAUACGAUGGGAAGUUGUUCAUUUGUUAAUUGUGGCUUUUUGUCCAAAUAGCCACUGUACUAAUUACGUAGAUAAAUUGAUAGGUAAAUUACUAAUACAUGCACACCUGAGAGGUGUUUAGGCCAGGGUUUGGGGUUUUAGUGAGUGCUUGACUUUUUCAGAUCAUAGUGAAUUUCUGCUGCUGUCAUUACUUUUGUUUAUUUAAAAGGCUGAAAUUUUGACGGGCAGUCUCCCAGACACAGAUUAAGCCUAAUCCUGGAGUAAAACACAAACUCAGUGGAGAUUCUCCAUUUAAAUGCUUUUUAGUCCAGGAUUAGGCACGUCAAUAUGUGUCUGGAAAACCUCCCCUGAAUGUGGUUUUAAAACCCUUUUGUAAACUUCGCUUUAGUUAAUGAACAAACUGCUAUACUAUGUGCACACUGUUUAACUGAGAUGUUAUUUUGUACACCUAUAUUCAGUGGCAAUUUUGCCUUUUAAAUCAAAAUAUAAUCAAGGCAAUUUAACGAAUUAAUACAAUAUUUAAUGUAACAUAUUUUACUUACAAUUUAAGAGGCGAGCACAUAAUUUCAAUCUUAAACGUGACAUGGAUGACAUUACCAUUAUUUUCAUGACUUAGACUAAUACCAAACACUUAUCUCCUCUCAUAUAGAAUGUAAAUGUUCAGUCGCUUAUUGUGGGCUUUCCUGUUCUGCUACCUGUAACUCAGCAGAGAGAUACAGCUCUGGAAAACAUUAAGAGACCACUGCAAAUUUUUCUUAAAUCAGCAUCUCUACAUGUAUGACAGCCAUUCCAUUCCAGUGUCUGUUG